GUAAUCAUAAAUUAUAUAUUAUAUGUAAUAUUAUUCUCUAAAUGUUUUUAAAUUUAUGUAUACUAAUACAAACUCAUAUUUAAAUUCCGAUAUCUAAAUCAGUAUGUAAAUAUUAAGCUAAAUGAUAGUAAAUGCGCAGGUCAAAUAAAUAACAUCUAUAGUGUUCCACAAUUGUGACUAUCUUUAGAAAGGUAAAAACAGGAUAAACACCUCCUAUUUUUUUUUAAAUUGAAUUCCUGGUAGAUAGCUAUGAAAUGAAGUUUUUUCUCAUCCAUUUAUAAAUCGAAAAAUAUGUGUAUCAUGCAGGUGAUGUGUCAUUAUCAUUUUUAAAAAGCCUUAAAUUAAGCCAUGGCCUAUGCGGUUCUCCUGGUACGUGAAAAAUAAUGGACGAUUCCACACCUGUCAACUUUAACCUGGAGUCAAAAUUAAUUUUCUGCUGUGAAAGGAAAACCCUUAUAUUGGAAAUGUAGAGAAAUGGACCAUGCGCAGUACUGUUACAGUAGUUUAGCAGAAAAUUUCAAAAUAAAGUAGAUUUUAACUAAUUUCGACGAGCUGUUCCGCAAACAUGCCUGCUCCGCAAUAGUGACUCUACUAUAUCUACCCCUAGAUAUAGUCACUAAAUUUAUAAAUAGUUCGGGAUCAUAUUAUUAGAAUCAAAUCUCGAUCUAGAUUCAAAUGUAAUGUAAAAAAACAACAACUAUUUGUUUCCAACCACAGUGUACUAUGUUUACAUUUUUUUAAAAAUAUAUGAGUAUAUAGGCCUAUUAUAGUCGUGACCUCCAUGACCCCAUAUCGAAGGUGCCGAUAUAGGUCAUGAGCAUAGAAAUAUAAAGUGACUUAUCUCCCAUGCCCAUAUGCAAUAGUCACAUAGUCACACUAUAAUAGUGUAGUCUAGGUCUAGAUCUAAUAUCGGUAAAAAUAUUUAGAUCUGUACUACAGAUUAGGAUCUAGAGUAGAUUCUAGAUCUAAUAUUAAAUCUAAACUAGAUCUAUAUUCUAGUGCAUAUACUUCAAGGAUUAGGCAACGCCAACUGUUGAAGUGUUUAGUAAGAACAAUGUCAACAGAGUUGAAAGAUACUGUUCUUGUGACAGGUGGUGCUGGUUAUGUUGGCAGUCACACAGUGAUCACUUUGGUAGAAGAAAAUUAUAAAGUAGUGGUCAUAGAUAAUUUUGCUAAUGGAAACAGAGAAAGCAUCAACAGAAUUGAGGCCUUGACCAACACAUCCAUACCUUGUUAUGAUGUAGACUUGCUGAAUAAGGAGGACAUUCAGAAAGUUUUUAAAAAACACCCAGAUAUCUCUUGUGUGAUCCACUUUGCAGCAUUGAAAGCUGUUGGAGAAUCUGUUGAGAAACCACUUUUAUAUUAUAGGGUGAAUGUGUUGGGAACAAUCAAUUUAAUAGAGGCCAUGACUGAUGCUAGAGUAACAAAAAUCAUUUUCUCAAGUUCAGCAACUGUAUAUGGUGAUCCCAAGUACCUUCCUAUGGAUGAGAAGCACCCUGUAGGAAACUGCACUAGCCCUUAUGCUAAAUCGAAGCAGUUUGUGGAAGAAAUAUUGUUUGACAUUUGUAGGAUUAAACCAGAAUGGAGUGUGAUGGUUCUUCGAUACUUCAAUCCUGUUGGGGCCCACUCUUCAGGGAUGAUUGGGGAAGAUCCACAGGGAACUCCUAAUAACCUGACACCUUAUGUCUCACAAGUAGCCAUUGGCAAGAGGGCGGAGCUUUUGAUUUAUGGAAAUGAUUACAAUACACAUGAUGGUACAGGUGUAAGAGAUUAUUUACACAUCACAGACUUGGCAAGUGGUCACAUUGCUGCAAUGAAAAAGCUUAAAGAAUCUACUGGCUUUAAGGUUUACAAUCUUGGAACUGGAAAGGGCUCAUCAGUUUUAGAUGUUGUCAAAGCAUUUGAGAAAGUUAGCGGGAAAAAGAUCAAUUAUAACAUUGUAAAUAGAAGAGAUGGUGAUGUGGCUACCAUGUGUGCUGACCCUGCCAAAGCUAAAGCUGAACUUGAUUGGACUGCUAAAUAUACUCUUGAAGAUAUGUGUCGAGAUCUUUGGAACUGGCAGUUAAAAAAUCCAAAUGGAUUUAGAAAAAUAAAUGGCCUUGCUCAUUGAUGAAGUGAAUCGAAUUGAAGAGUAGAAACCAGGUGGUGGUAGCAAAAUUGUGGUUGGGGUAUCGUUCUUUGAUCUCAUUGAUUGGUUCUAUAUACAAUGAUAAUUACACUUAAAAAAUAAGGAAUGAAUAUAUUUUUGACAAGUGUCUACUAGAUAGUUUUCUUAUAAUUUUUUAGUGUAAAUAUAAGGAUCUACUAAAUUUUUUGCCAAACUUACACAGCAAAAACAAAUUAAGUGCAAUAUGUAGCACUCUAAUUUACUACUGCAUAGAUAGGCUUAUAUGUAUAUAAAGAGAGAAGAGAGAUUUUAUUUGUGCAUUUAUGAAGUAUAUUUUAUUCAGCCACUUUUCAACCCACUUGACUUGCUACAACUGUGUGUAAUUUCUCCACCUUUUUAGAAAUCACAUUCAUUGGUGUAUUACGAACUAUGUUGUAAUGAAUCCACUCCUUCAUUUUAUCUAAACUUUCUUUUGACAUCCUGGUCUCAUGCUGCCUUUUUAAAUUAUCUUGAAAGGAUCUUGGUUAAAGAAUACAUUGUAGCACUAGUAUUUAUAGUGUUCAUAACUUCACAGUGUUUUGCUAUCCAUAUUGUUUUGCUUUCUUUUGUGUGUUUUCCUACUUGAAGUGUAGGCUGUCAAAGAAAAUCCCUUGUUUCAUAUCUAUCUUGGCUAUCAUCUCCACUCACAGCUUGAAUUUCUUUCUUGAUAUAAGGCAAAAAAACUCAACACAACUCAACUUAUCAUUGCAUACAAGUUUUAAAAUACUGUAACUCACCACGCAACUAGUCAUUAUUAUAAUUAAACAAGUUUACAAAGACAGUUUGUGUGGAGACACAAACUCAAAAUUCGGCACAACUAAUCAUUAUUAUAAUUAAAAAAUGACUAAAUUGAAAUGCUAAUUAUAUUAUGAAUUCAUCAAAAUGUAUUUUUUGGCAGUAAAUUUACAUAAAAAAUCAUUUAAAUGUAAUUAAAGUGUAGUAUUUCAUGCCAAUGACAUGUAUGUUGGAUGAAAUGUUUUCAAAUCUAAUCUCUGAUAAGUUCAACAACAGAGACUUCACUUAAUUCUGAAAUAUCACUUACCUGCAUCAGGACGUAUAGAUCUCAUUUAAAACUCUAAUUUUAUAUUAAAUUCUAAUUUUUAUUUAAAGUUGUAAAAUGUCUACAUGUUUAUUUUAAUUACUCUUGUUAAAAGUUUCACCCUUAAAAAUUGUUAAAAAAUUUACUUUUAUAAAAUUAGCUUUCAUAUUUAUUAGUAAAUCAAACAUGUGUUAUCAAAUGGUUGUGAUUAUAAGCCUUAAUGUAUAUGUUCUUGCCUUUUUUUUAAUAUGUGAUGCAUUUUGUUUUUUUAACUCUAGUGACAUGGUUGAAAACAUAGGUUUGUUAUUGCUUUUAAUUUUAAAACAACUUUCAAUUGUGUAUUCAUUUUAAAAAUAUUUUUAUUAAAAUCUGUAUUGCAUAUAUUACAAUCAUUUUUAUGAUAAAUUCUUUAAUCAUUUUUUAUGAGACCAUUAAGUAUCAAAAAAAUUUUUAUGAAAAAAAAUCCUUCUGGUCAUUUAUAAAAUGUUUAAUGUACUUAUUAUGCUAUGUAAAUUAUACUGUUGAGCCUGUACAUUAGUUAUUGUACCUAUAUUUUACUUAUAUUUAUAAAUUAGAAUGGAGUGGAGAUUAGAUGAUAAAAUGUGUGACUGCCAAACUGAGGGUCUUGUUCAAAUCAUGUGAGGGGCUAUGCAUUUUUUAUUGCAUAUAAAAUUCUGUACAAAAAUACCAGCACAUUCCACAUUUUUUACAAAGCUUAUAUCAACUCACUCUGUAUAUCUGGUUUGUAGGCCUACACGUUUUUUCUCCCACACCCAAUCUCGGAUCAAGCGAAAAUUUUGCACAAUUAUUUCUUUUACCUGACAACAGCAGAAUCAAUAAAAAAAAUUAACCAAUUAGUUAAUUAACUAUUGAUAAUUAAUUAUAUUGUUUGGUAUCUUAAACUAGGGAAAGAAUUUAUACUUGACUGAAGUGGUGGUAUAAGCUGAAUUAGUCCCCUUUAUAGGUCGUUAUUUGAGGCUUAUGAAAUGAACACAACAUGAAAAAUAGGAUGAGACUAUAGAAACAAUAGAUAACUAUACAAUCUUCCACAUUCAUAGGCUCUCCUCUAGCAGAGUGGUUACCAUGUUGGCUUGAGAAGGCUUGAACCAUGAGUUCAAAUUCAUGUCCUUCAUCUUUUUUUUUAUUUUUUUUAUUUUUAUAAAUGCUUUUUAAAUUUUAUGCUGAGUCUAGAUCUAUUAAAAAAUUUAAUUACAUGACUGAUCCAAACUAAUUGGUACAACUAUACUUAAUAUAAGCUUUGUUUUUUAAAAAAAGUAUUUUAAAAAUAUUUUCUUGUUUUAUUACUGUCAUGUUAAAUGUUAACAUUAUCCAGAUGUUGUAUAUCAAAAUGUUGUUGCAUACCUUCUCUCUAAAUGUCCGUGAACAGGACCCCAUGGAGGUGGCACUACAUAAUAUUUCUCUAUGAUAGAAAUAACCUCUUAUGAACCAUUAACAUACACCUUACUAUUAAAUCAACUUAUUAGCCUAAUUUCAUUUUGCAUUUGUUGUACUUCUAUUACCUUACUCAAAAUACAUAUUACGAAUAUAAUGUACAAAAGGAUAUAUUUGUAUAUCCUGUCCAUUCAAGAUUUGUCAACUGCCUUUCUCCAUUCCUUUCUGUCUAUUGCCUUGGAUAGAACCUUUUUCAAUUGCAGGCCCAUCCAUUCUUUUAUGUUCUCUGUCUGCCUCUUCUUUUUCGUGGUACUGUUUCUGAAAAGAAGGUCUUUGUAAUCUGACCAUAAAGUUUUAGUUGCUUUUUUUAUUUUACAGUAGUUGGCAGGUCAUUGAGGGAUCCAAUCGCUGCAAUAACCGUCUCUAAUCUCUUCGUUUGUGGUGUGCCUUUAAACUGGGAAAAAAUAAUUAUAUAUAGUUAAUUAUAUAUUUAUAUAAUGAUUUUUUCCCAGUUUAUUCUUUUUUCCCCAUUAUUCUAGUAAGUAUCUUUCUAUGCUUUUAAUUUUUAAAAAAUGGGAUAAUGUGGUUAUCUUACUUUGGUUAAUGUCACAAUAUAAUGGUUUUGAAUGUUAGUGUUUAUUUUAGAUCUUUAAAAUGAUAAUUAGAUUGUAUUUUGUAAUAGCCAUGCAGACAUGCAUGAAAAAUACUUCAUUUUUUACAUUAAUUUUUUGUCUUAAAAGUUAUAAUUUUGAUUUUUUUUUCAUUUAUUAUUUUGGGCAAGGUAUAUUCUAAUUGGAAUUUCUAUGUUUAUGUUGAUGAAGUUAUGUAAUUUUAAUUUCAUUGUUGACACUCUCAUUUCCAUUUACACAAUUUUUUUAUUUAUAUUGUUUUGAUAUAGAUCUAUAUUAUAUAUAUAUAUAUACACCACAUUUUGAAAGCAUUGGAAUUGGGUUAAUAAAUAUUAUAAUAUUGUUUA